CUCGUGACAACAGGAAGUAGAAAUACGAAGUGUGAAGAUGCUGCUGGAGCUUUGAGGCUUUAAGUCUUCUUAUAUCAUUGACAUUAAACAAAACGCAACAAUGGCUUCAAUAAUUAAAGAAACGCAAAGCAUAAAAGAGGCGGUGACUUUCAUCAAUGCGAUUGAUGUGAACAAGUUCUCCAGACUGAUCUCUCGCAUCAUACAGAAGCUUCAUCUAAAGGGAGAGCGGACGUUCAGCGAAGAGGAGGAGCAGAAACUUCAGACUGCUCUCUCAUUGGAUAAACAGUCUCUGGAUCUGGUCCUGGAAACAGCUGCCUUCAUUCUCGAGCAGGCAGUGUAUCAUAAUGUGAAACCAGCAGCUCUGCAGCAGCAGCUUGAGGCGGUUCAUCUUAACCCGGACAAGGCUGAGAUGUUCUCUCAAACCUGGGCUACAGCAGGACCUGAGCUGGUGGAGAAGCUAAAGCACAAUAUAUUUGCUCCAAAGAAGCUGGAGUACGUCGGCUGGCAGUUAAACCUGCAGAUGGCCCAGUCCAGUCAGGCCAAACUCAAGUCUCCCAACGCUGUGCUCCAACUAGGACUCCGCGGAGAAGACUCAGAGGUUCAGGAAAAUGUCUUUGUCGAUUUUAACCACCAGGAGCUACUUGAGUUCUACAACAAGCUUGAAAUUGUGCAAGGCCAGUUGGAUUCCCUGACAUGAUGGCUGGUAUUUUUGAAGGACCACAAACUCACACACAAAGCUCAUGCACACAAAAAAAUCACACUUUGUCUGUUGUUUUGCUGACAGCUCAUCCAGCUGUUAGAAAUUUCACAAUACAAAGCUUUCCAUGAUUCUUUUACACUGAUUUAUUUUUCUUCAGAGCUUCUUUAAAUCCUUGUUAUUACUCAACAACAAGUAAAUGUAAAUGUGAUAAAUAUAUAUACUCAGACUUUGUGGGCCCUCAUCAUGGAGAUGGUGGCAAACCAUUUUUAGUCUAUACAAGUUUAGUAAAUACAAAUUUCAAAAUAACAUUUUUCAACACUGCAUAUUCUAACAAAAGUGUAUAGUAGCUAGAAAUAGGACUUUAAAAAGUGCCAAUGGUAAAUGAUUUUCAGAUUUCCUUUAAACCUGUAGAACAAGUAAAUUAAGAACAUUUAUAGUCAUUUCGAAUGGAGACAAACUGAUUUUGUAACUCAAAGGAUGAACAAGCGUCCAUGCCAUUUAAUAAAAUGUGAAGUGGAGG